GUUUACACUUUUGAUUAUGAAUUGUUUUUGAUUAAUUCGGUUAAUUAACCUUGAUCGACCUUAAAUUAUUUAAAUUAUUAUUAAUCUUUUGGUUUUUGCUUCAGUGUUACAAUUGUAUCAGUUGUUUACAACAAUUAAUGUUCUCAUGUUUUUCUAAAUUAAAGUGAUUUGUGAUUUUCUAUUGGUUGGGUUGGUUGGGUUUUUGGAGAAUUGUUUUUAUUUUAUUUUAUUUUAUUUUAUUCUAUUCUUUUUCUCCGUUUUUUUUUCUUCUCUUCUCAUAAGUGAUAGUGUGGUGGUGUGGUGGUAAUGGCAGGAUGCAAGUCAAAGAAGCGUCUAGUUCCUGCAAUAUCAGCUUGGCUUUUACUUCUUACCUGUACUACCCUGUUUUUCAUAUUUCCAUGUCAAUAUCUUCAAAAUACAUAUUCAAUCUCAAUAACAAUUGUCCAAGCAAUUAUAUCCCUUUUUGUGAUUACUAAUUUUUCUUAUGCCACCUUUAUGGAUCCAGGUAUUAUACCUAAAGCUAGUCCAGAUGAGGAUGAUGAUCUACGAGCUCCCCUAUUUAAAUCGGUUGAUAUAAAUGGUUUAAAUAUUCGUAUGAAAUGGUGUUGUACCUGUCAAUUUUAUCGGCCACCUCGUUGUUCUCAUUGUAGUGUUUGUAAUAAUUGUGUUGAAACAUUUGACCAUCACUGUCCAUGGGUAAACAAUUGUAUUGGUCGACGUAAUUAUCGGCAUUUUUUUUUCUUCCUAAUUUUUCUCAGUAUCCAUAUGAUAACAAUUCUCAUCUGGUGUAUUCUUUACCUACUUGAUCAUAAAGUUGCCCUACGUGAACGUGAUUCAAUAAUAGCUUUUGUUAUUAGUGGUGUAAUUAUACUUCUCAUUAUACCAAUAAUCGGAUUAACCGGGUUCCAUAUAAUCUUGGUUGCUCGUGGUAGAACAACCAAUGAACAAGUCACAGGAAAAUUUCAAAGUGGCUUUAACCCUUUUUCCAAUGGCUGCCUUUCUAAUUAUUGUAAUAUAUUAUGUGGACCUGUUCACACACGUUAUCAAGCCCAGCCGAAGAAAAAGAGAAGAGAACCUUCCAAUACAUCUAAUAAUGGUUACAAUUCGUUACAUGGUACAAGUAGAUACGAUAAAUCAAUGCAAGUCUAUGUUGAUGAAGCAAAUAAACUACUUUACGCCAAGUCUCCUGCCAAAAGCUCCCCUGUAACUCAAAUUUCACCUCAAUCAUUUUCACCCUGUUUAAGAGAUGCCUCUUUAAAUAAUUCACAAACCGGAGGAUUGAUUAUUUAUUAUUCACCAGAAAGUUUAACUACUAAAAAAUUGGACACUGAUUGUAAUCAAAAAUUUGUUUCAGAAACUGAGUUGAAAAAUUUUAACUCAACAUCAAUUGAUUCAAGUUCAAUCCAUGAGACAACCAUAACCACCACCACACCAAAUGGCAGCUUUGAUGUGAAUAAUUCAACACCAACAACAAUUAACAGUAGUAGCAAUAGUGCUGCCAAUUCAUCUAAUAACACUACUAAUCAACCACAUUUUGCCAAAAGGCCGAUCAGUUUUGUAAAAGCCUUGGAAAUGUCUAAUAAAUUGGAGAGAGUCGGAGCCUCGACAAGACCCGUUGUAAGUCCAGCCAAAAAUGUUGCCGAUGAUUCAAGACAAAGUCAAUACGAAAUGAAUUACGAAAUCUCAGUUUAAAUGAGAUGGAAAAUCAACAACAACAACAACAACAAAAUAAAGGAAAACAUUGUAAAUGGGAAAAAGAGAUUAAUUCAACACUCACCAAAAUUCAUCUAAACCUUCAUGUAAUAACCAUAAAGUCUCAUCAUCAUCAUGAUCAUCAUCUCUUCAACCACCUACACAUCAACACACUCUCCACCUCACGCACAUAAUCACUUUUCUCAUCAUUUCAUCAAGUCAUCAAUUAAUAAGAUCAUUAAAACAAAGCUCAUCUCUUUCAA